AGCAAACACUUGGCAGGAGCCAGUAUCAGCUACAGAUACAAGCCCUGAGCUUGGUCCCGCCCUUGUUCACCUGCUGGAGGAAACAGGAACUGCCUGGGGCUGCCCGCCCUGCCCCUCUGACGUGCAGACCCUGAAGCGAAACUCAGGCUUCAGCGGCAGCUCAAGAGCCCCGAGGAACACAGCCCAGGCUCUCCAAGAUGCUUUGAUGCCUGUGAUCCCAGGCCUCAUCCUGGGGAGACCCCAGCCUGGAAGAGACAGUUCACCUCCAUGGAACCCCUGCUGAGAGAGAGGGAACAGGAAAUGGAGGCAGAGACAGUGUGCAGCUCGGUUAUCAAGUGUUCAUUAAUGGAUUGGUUAAUGACUUUCCUCGGAGUGCCUUUGGGCCACACCUGAGGGAAUGAGUUUGUUGUCUGGGAAGAAAGGCAGCACAGCCACCCUGUGUCAACUGGCCCCUCCCUGUGGGAGCAGCCCAUCAGCCAGGGCUGGAGGACCAUGUCCUUUAUGUCCUCAGCCCACAAAGCCCUGCGGUACCCUGAGUGUAAAUCAACCAACAUGAGUGUGAAUUAACAGCACACAGGAGGAGCUGUCUGUCACCUAAGGAGGGAGAGGUGACCGCCUUCCUUGGAUGCCAUGGCAGAAGCCGGGAAGCUGCCCCCACCACUGCCCCCUCGGCUGGACUGGUUUGUGCACACCCAAGCAGACCCACUGGUCCAAUACGGGAUCCCGGAGUGGUUCCACGGCACCAUCUCUCGAGAAGCUGCUGAGAACCUGCUGGAGUCACAACCCCUGGGGUCCUUUCUCAUCCGAGUCAGCCACAGCCAUGUGGGCUACACCCUUUCCUACAAAGCCCAGACCUGCUGCCGUCACUUCAUGGUGAAGUUCUCAGACGACGGGACUUUCAUCCUUCCUGGGGACCACGUAACGCACGCCUCUCUGGACGCCCUGGUCACUUUCCACCAGCAGAAACCCAUUCGGCCAUACGGGGAGCUGCUGACGCAAGCCUGCGGGCAGAAGGAUCCAGCAAACGUGGACUACGAAGAUCUCUUCCUGUACUCGAAUGCCCUGGCUCAGGAUGCUGAAAGCCGAGGGCGUGGCCCCACGGAUGUUCAGAGGCCUUCCUCCUGCCCUCCCAGAGAGGCUCCUGAAAGGAAGCUUUCUGCAGCAACUGACAGAAAGCUCGCAUCCGCCCCCUGCUCCCCAAAAGCACUUUUUGGGGAGGCGGGGCAGAGACUGUGGAAGAACCUGAGGACGCUGCCAGACACCAGCCGGAGGGUAAAGCAGAGGCUCACGUCGCACCUGUCAGCCACGAACCUGCUCGGGGACGUGAGGCGUGUGGCGCAGCAUCACAGCACUGUGACUCGAGCGUCCAGCUGGGACAGCGCUCGCCACUCCGCGGACCCCUGUGCAGCCUCCUCUCUCCAAACCCCCUCCGAGCCCCAGGCCUGGAGAGGCGAAGAAGCCACCCUCACAGCCUCUAGGCCUGCCAGCUGGAGGGAGGCGGUCUCAGGGGUCAAGGCCUGGCGUGGAAAGGUGGUGAGGGCCCUGUCGGUCCAGGCACCCAAGCCAGAGCCUGUAGACUUGCCAGAAGCCCAGGACUGGCUACCCGAGGAAUACCUCCCACCACCACCUUUCGCCCCUGGGUACUGACAGCGCCCCCCACCCCCACCCCACUAUCUUGGGUACCGGCCUCUUCUUUCCAGUCCCCACCCCUGUCCUCACAACCAGAGAGCUGUGUUAAAGAAGUUACGGCUGAAUUCUGCAGCUGCCAGCAGAGGGACCUGAUUAUUCUAAUAAUAAUAAUAGAAGUACCUCUUUAGGGACUCAGGUGAGAUAAAGGCGUUUGCAGGCAAGCGUGAGUACCGGAGUUCGAUCCCCGGUAGUCACAUGAUGGAGGGUGAGCCCCAACUCCUGAAAGUUGCCCUCCGACCUCCACAUACAUGUGUUGAUAUACACACACGGGUAGUAAAUAUAACUUUAAAAAUAAUUACCGCAGUGACUUGGUGGGCACAGCACAUGCCAGGCCUGUAUCCCAACCUCUCUGAUCAUGGGUUAGCCAUCUGUAUUCAUGGGCUCCACAUUUCACAUUCAACCACAUUAGCCUACUGAGUGAAUUCCAGACCAGUGUUAAAAAAAAAAAAAUCAGAGCAGGCAAGAUGGCUCCAGUCAAGGUACUUGCAGCUAAGCCUGGGGAUCUGGGCUUGAGCCCCAGGACCCAUGGUGGAAGGAGAGAUCCGAUUCCUAUAAGCUGUCCUCUGACCUCUACACAUGUGCCCCGUCCGUGCCAACAAAUAAUUUUAUAAAAAAAAAAUUGAAAGGCAACGUGGACAGCCUUUGAGGAACAACAGCCAAAGUUGUCCUCUGGUAUCUGCCUGCAAGAGAACACACAUGAGCACAUGCAUCCCUGCUCCCCCCAAAACACAAAGGCAUCUGUCAGGGUGGCCGUUGGUAGUGGCCUCUGAAGGCAUUCCUACAUUAAAGUGCUGUGUGAUCUUUGAUGAACAUAGACCUUUCUGGGCCCAUUUCUUCUCUUGGGAGAUGGGGAAGACAGCGGUCCCUUCUCAGGAGGAACAUAUAGAAAAGAGGCAGGGAGGACCUGGGCUUCUAUCACCAUCAUCAUCGAGAUAGGGUCACAUUAUGUAGUCCUGGCUGUGCCAGAACUGACAGAGAUCCGCCUGCCUCUGCCUCCUGAGUGACAAGAUUAAAGUUGUACCACACCA